AUGAAACUAAAUGAAGACGUCUGUAAAAAGCUCAGCGAACCAGCAUAUUGGAUUUCUAUUUCGAAACCAUCGCUGUUCGGUUACUUAAAUUACCUGGCGCAAACAAAAGAUUCCCUCCCGAAGGACAAGAUUCAAAGUCAAUAUGUUUCAGAACUUACUAUAAUCAAACGAAGUUAUAAGGAAAUGGACGAACAAUACAAUACAGUCGCAGAAGCUUUGGAAUAUUUUGUGAAUGAGAAAACAUCGGAGGAAGUGAAAGAUUUCUGGGAAGACAAAAAGUUGGACCAAAAACUCCAUACAUUAGAUAAAAAACGAAAAUUGGUCGAGGCUGAAGGUGUUGUGAAUUUUUUGCAAACUGGAAAUGAACGUUUAAACGAUACUUCGAAGAUGGUUCAUAAGUCUCAGUUGAAUUUUAUGGAACAAAAAGUAAAGGAUGCUAACAAGGUAAAAAGGUUUAAUGUCUGA